UUUAGUUUGUUUACUUUUAGCUUAACCAAAAUCAUAACAAAUAAAAGUAGGUUAACGUAUAUAUAAAAGAAUUUCAUACGCGAUGUAUUUUUUAUUACAAAAUUAAAUUUUAUGAAUGUAAAUAUAUGGUGCACAUAUGUCAUAUUUUAAAUGAAGGCUGUAGAUAUUAUUUAUGAUGUAUCAAAACAACUCCAGGCUUUGAAAAGAUUAAGCAAAACUAAUGGUAUCCAAAUUAAGGACGGUUUCACUUGUUUGGAAUUAAGUUGCAGGUUAUGUAAAAAUGAGGAAAAGAAUUCUCCGUUGGCUUAUAUUGUUAAAAAGACCGGCUUGUUCUAUUGUCCAAAUUGUGAAUAUACUUCUUCAAUAAACACUAUAAUGGCGAAUUACGAUCCCACUGCAAAAGUUACUAGAGAAACAUAUAAAAAAACUCCUUAUCAGCCAAAAUGUAUUUUUGACGACAGUAACAAACUGAGUGAAAAAUUAUAUUCUAACGUAAUUUAUCAAAAAAUUAACUCUGAGAUUAUAAGGAAAUUGGAAAUUGGCUACAAAAAUGAUACAAAUAGUAUUCAUAUUCCUUUAAAAAAUAAACUGGGGAAUAUCGUUGGUGAGAAUAUAGUUAAUCUAAAUAAUAUGAAUGAAGAACUUAUUCCAGAAGAUUGUAAUUCGGGACUACUAUCAUUUUUAAGCGGUAAAUCUUCAAAAGCUGUCUUGGUGAGAACGUUGAAUGACUUUUUUGCGUUAGUUUUAUCUAACAUAGAUGGAGUUACUGCUAUAUAUCUACCUUACAAAACAAAAUUACUUCCUCAAGAAUGCCUACCAAUUUUAGAAAAUUUUAAAGAAAUAAUAAUAUGGUUUGACUUUGAUUCUACCGAUUGGGAUGUAGCUAUAAAUUUUUCAAAAAAAUUAAAUGAGUCUCGUUGUUUUUAUAUCAGACCCUCUUCUAAUCAAUCAACCCCUUACAUAGCUCAUAUUAAUAAGUUAAAUAUUAAGAAUAUUAUCAAAUCUGCAAAACCAAUUCAUCACAAAGCAAUUACAACAUUUUAUUCUCUCAAAGAAGAUAUAUUAAGUGAACUUCAAAAUAUUGAAAAAGUAAAUGGUGUAAAGUGGAAAAGAUUUCCAACUUUAAAUAGGUUGCUUAAAGGCCAUAGAAAAGGAGAACUAACUAUUCUGACGGGUCCUACAGGUUCUGGCAAAACCACUUUUAUGUCAGAAUAUUCCUUAGAUCUAGCUUUACAAGGUGUUUCCACGUUAUGGGGAUCUUUUGAAAUUAGAAAUGUUCGUUUGGCUACGACUUUGUUAAGACAAUAUGUUGGUUACCCUUUAAAUGACAAAAUUGAAGAAUUCGAGCAUUGGAGUAAAGCUUUUGAAAAGUUACCUAUGUAUUUUCUAACAUUUCAUGGUCAACAGAGUAUAAAAGUGGUAAUGGAGGCUAUAGAGCACGCUCAAUACAUUUAUGAUAUACAGCAUGUAAUAAUAGAUAAUGUUCAAUUCAUGAUGGGAGUGGCGCUUAAUAUUAAAAGUGAUAGAUUCUCCGAACAAGAUUCAAUUAUUGCAGCGUUUAGAACUUUUGCAACAACUAAAAAUGUUCAUGUUACUUUAGUGAUACAUCCCAGGAAAGAAAGAGAUAGUGAAGAUCUAACAACUAGCUCCGUUUUUGGAAGUGCUAAAGCAACGCAAGAAGCUGAUAAUAUUUUAAUUAUACAAGAUAAAAGAUUAACUUCUAUUAGGGGAAAAAAGUAUUUACAGGUUGCCAAAAAUCGAUAUACAGGAGAUUUAGGAAUUUUGCCUUUAAAUUUUGACAAAAAUGGUUUAAGUUAUUGGGAAAAAAAAGCAACAAACAAAGAACAAAAUUCAGUAAAACUUUUAUGGAAAUGGAUGGUCUUUUUGAAAAUGAAAAUAAUUAUUAUUAUCACAUUUCUGAUUCAUACAACAAUGAAGAUGUUGGAGUAUGGAAUACUACAAUUUGUUCGUCAGAUUCUUCAACAAAGGAAAUAGAUUCCAGUGUUCAAAAUUCAUAUGAAUCAAAACCUUUAAUGAAUGACUUUAAAUAUUCAUAUUGUUCACAUAGGCAAAAUAUACCGAAGGAAAUUCAAUAUCCUUCAAGUGAAAUAACACCAUUUCCUAGAGUUGUAAAAAAAAGGAAUACCGCUAAUAAAAAAGAAAGAAGGCGUACUCAAAGUAUAAACACAGCAU